GACCACAGUGAACCGUGAAGCCUGGAAAACUUUGGUGCUGAGAAAAGCGCAUGAAAUCCACAUUUUAAAAGGUACUCAAACUGUUACUCUGUUAAUAUACUUCCACGAGCUCCCUUAGAACGUGUUGCGCUAGAAGCUCGGGUUCGCUUUGGUCGGUGCGUACCGUUAAAGUUCUCCGUGCCGUAAAGUUGUUGGAUGCACGCACGUGCUCACGCGUCAACAACAGCUCUUUCUCGUGUACGCACGGCAUACCGGAUCGAAGGGAAGCAUGGUAGUCAAGGAGGACAGUAUCGUCACGGAAAGGACCACUUCAAAAUACAAGAUGAAUGAUACCAGUUCUGCGGAUAAAUCGACCAUCAUAGCACAGGAAAUUAAAUUUGCUCGGGCAUUGGCCGGAAACAAUCCUACAUUGCGCCGGAGGGUGUUGAAAAAUCUUAAGACAUGGCUUUCCACGCGCAGCCAAAGCACGUUCGUUUUCAGCGAUGUGGACUUUUUACGUCUUUGGAAAGGUUUGUUCUACUGUAUGUGGAUGUCGGACAAGCCGCUGGUGCAGGAAGAGCUUGCCGAAUCGCUCGGUUCGCUUGUCCGCUGCUUUGAUCACGAUGUCCCGGUAGCGAUGCAAUUCUUCAAGGCUUUCCUCACUACGAUGGGCAACGAAUGGUUCGGUAUCGAUCGCUGGCGGAUGGAUAAAUUCAUGAUGCUAGUCCGUCGGUUAACACGUCAAGCAUUGUUUGCACUGCACGAAAGCGGCUGGCAGAAGGACCACGUUGAGUUGUUUAAAGAAACUAUAAACACGACCAUACUGAAUCGGGAUGUGGUCUCGUUCGGUUUGAUGCACCAUUUCAACGACCUGUUCCUGAAUGAGUUGGCAAAGGUGACAGAUGGGAAUAUAUCGAAGGAAACGGUAAAGCAGAUAAUGGAAGUCUUCGUACAAGCGUUACUAAGAACGGACGAUGGAACGGUCAGUGCUUCGAUCAAGAAAAACAUCUUCCACGCACUAAUGCAGCAGUCCGAUCUGGGUCAGGAUUAUGAGGAAAAGUUUGAGAUGUGGAAAAGCAGAAACUUCGUCACGGGAAACAUCGACAAUGUAGAGUUUGUCACCGAGGAGGACGAAGAUGAUGAGGAGGAGAAGCAGGAGAACGCGGAAGACGGGCAGGAAAAUGAACAGCGCGAAGAAACGGCCGAAAUACAGGCAGAAGAAGAAGAAGAGGGGGAGGAGGUUGAAGAGCUAGAGGAAACAAACGACGAUGGUGGCGAGAGUACGGAAAGGGUGUUUGAUCCACGGGCCGGUCGCGUUAGCGUCGACAUACCUCAGAUUGAGUUUGACCCGCAGGAUUUUAUCGAAUUGUUCGAAACGUACCGCUACAAAUCGUUCGUCAAUUCCAAGGGCAAGAAGCGAGCGAUUCAGCUGGUGAAACAGUUUACCAAGUUUGCCGCUGGUGUGUACCCGAUCGGUGUGAAGCGCGUGCCAAGCAUCAACCCGAAAGAUUUUGCCGUAAACAUCGAUGAGAAGGUGGAAGAAUUGGAAACUUUUCGCACAGAGCUGCUUGGUGACCAACGGAAAAGUGUGACGAACUUUAAGAAGGAGCGAAAGAUGAAGAUAAAGUUAGAACGCCGGCAAAAGGAGGCUUUAAAGCAGGCAAAACGUGCGAAAUCGGGGGAAAAUAAUGAGACAGUUGAUGGCAAUGAUGCCAACGAAUCGAACGUCGACACAGUUGCACCCACCGAAUCGGAAGAAACAACUGGAAAGAUCAAAAGGAAACGAAUUCGGCAGCGCAAAAUGGAUCCAGCUGCGCUACGGAAACAGGCGAAACUUGAUAUGUUGGAGCGCAAGAAGGCAGAAAAGUUGAAGCUGCUGAAAGAACGUUUGAAAAAGAAAACUAAGAUGGCACAGUUUGGUGAAUCGGAUGAUGUCCCCGAACUGGUACCAAUUGUGGAAGAAACCACAUCGUCGCCGGUUACCGUAAAAGAGAAGAAGCCGGUUAACGAAGAUAAAACAUCCAAAAAGAGUAAAGAGAAAGCCUCUACGAUUAACAAAAAGCAGCAGGAAAGCAAAAACCCUACCCCGAACAACAGUACCCCACCGUUCCAGACGAAGGACGAAUGGUCAGAACCGUUGAAAGAAGGUGAGGAAGAAUAUUUCAUUCCCUCGCGAAAGAUGAAACAGGCCGCAAAGGGGGAAAAAACAGCGACGCCCGUUGCAAGCAAAACGAACCUCAAAAGGACAUCAACCAAUGGGGUUGAUGUGGAUGGUGUGGAUGAUGAGCCGAUAACGCCGGCCAGAAAGCGGGUUAAGAUUGCGCUGAGCAAAAAUGUCGCCCAAGAUCUGGUGGAACACAUCAAGCAGGUGAAAAGUUCGCCUCAGCUACCGUUCGAUUCCAGCAAAAAGCCCUCCAAAAGUCUACUGAAGCCUAACCUAAUACCCAGCCCGAUAAAUCCGUUCUACAAGAAAAAGAUUGGAUUGCAGUAACGUCGUUUACGGUUUGAUUAGACUCUUAUUGUUAAUAUCCCGAACUAUCAACGGAUAGCACAACCUUGUACCAUCUUGAUGCCACACAGAGACGCAGCGCAGCGGGGCAGUGUGCGUUUUAAGUGCAGUAAUUGCAAAUGUACCGAUGUAAUAAUAAUCCUGUCCGAAUAAAGUCCGAAC